CGACAGUUCAAUUUAUAGAGACGUUGUUUCCAUGUGCACCUGAUAGAUGAUGUUCCCAGAAAACCAAAUAUUCAAAGUAGCUAUGUACUUCUCCAGCACGGCUGGAAUAUGGCCGCUGAUAUUCGAGAAACACCCGACUUUAAAAUUGUGUUACAUGACGUAUCACAUGAUCUUGCGUUCCGAGUUUUUCGUGUUUAUUUUGCGGGCCUAUUUUCAAUUGGUGUGUCUAAUCGGGGAAGAUGAUUUAAACGUCCAAGAAAUCUUCGGCAAUUUGUGUAUCACCCUUAUUUAUACAGUCGCCAUUUUACGACUCCGAGCCUUGAAUAGACCCGCCGUCGUAGAACUGUUUAACCAUGUCAUCGCUGAGGAAAACAACAUUCUUUCGCAUAACGAUGCGAUCGUCGUUGCGUUGUAUAAGAAGGCCGUGCGCAAAGCUCACAUUCUGAAUAAGCUUUUCUUGUUUAACGGAUGGUUGAUAACCUUAUUCUAUUUCAUACACCCCUUGCUGACCGAGGAUCGGGUGAUCGUUGUGAACAACGCAACGACUUACAUUAAACUGUUGCCCUUGUCCACCUGGUGGCCUUUCGAUGCGCAAAAACACUAUACGGUCGCUUACGUGUGGAACGUGAUAGAUGGCAUCGUGGGCAGUCAAUUUGUAACUAACACUGAUAUUCUGACAUUCACGUUAAUUAUUUACGCGUCGGGACGAAUUGAAAUCCUGGGCCAAAAAUUCAAAAACUUUUCGGUUUACGUAAAGCGAUUGCGGUACGAGGGGCGUGUCUUUUGUGCCGAGAAAGCUGCGGAAACGGCGUUAAAAACUUUAAUAUUCGAACAUCUUCAAAUUAUAAGGUACAUAGACAUCUUUAACGAAGCGAUGAAGUACAUUAUGCUAUUCGAUUUCCUCCAAUGUUCCAUCCAAAUGGCCACGAUUAUUUUACAACUGCUGGUGAUGGAAAUCACUUUCGUAAACGUUAUAAUCGUCGGGCAGUUCUUCCUCACGAUGAUCAUACGUCUGGUAAUUUACUACUACAACGCCAAUGAAAUAAUUCACCUGAGUCAGAACUGGGCGGUCGAUAUAUGGUGGAGCGACUGGUACGACCAGACCAUAAACAUUCAACGUAUGAUGGCGGUCAUGAUACUACGCGUCCAAAAACCACUCAAGCUUCUGAUCGGUCCUUUCAGCGCUAUGUCGUUAGAAACUUUUAUUGCGAUUCUGAAGGCGACGUAUUCUUACAUGAUGCUGUUUAACAACACCAGCGGCUAAAAGGUUAAUAUACCGUCGUCGUCAUUGUGAUUCACGUGUAAUUGGAUCGAGAACUAACUCAACUGUCUUAUUUUUACCAUUUCAUUAAUUGCUUAGUACACAAGGAUACGAAAACAUGCACGCACUAUCCCGCUCUUUUGGUGGCAAUAUGGAGGGGAUGAAAGAGGUGGCAAUAAUUUUUUUGGAAAUUCCGCACAGCAAAACCGUCACAAACAAGUGUGGUUCUCGAAAUUACUCUUCGAGACAGUAAAAAAUCAGUAAAAUUUACUGAUUUUGAUUGUGAGUGUCAAAAUAAGUAGCAUUCGGCGUCGAAAUCUCUUAUCAACCAUUUAUCUCAGAAACCAAUAUGACUGCAUGCAUGCAGAACAGCAUGGCGUAAAUAUAAAGCUCGUUUUUGGUCAAUGCUAUCGAAAACAAUUAUAAAUUUAAUUUCAUUUAUUCGCUUUUAGAUAAUUUUAUCACUUAUAAUAUGUCGUAAAUCCUUGAAAUCAUU